CCUCACUGGCUUCCCAAGCCACCCUUUGUUCUGUACUGGUUCUUUGGGCCCAUGUCACAAACAUCCCCCCCAUCCAGGCUUCAGGUGGCAAGAGCAUGAGAGCUGGUUGCUCCUGUCCUAGUGCCUGCUGCCCUAGCAAGUAGCCUUAGAGCCCUGGAAAAGUGGAGAAACUGAGGUGCAACAGGACAAGCUGGGUGGUUCAUGGUCUCUGGGUGGGGGGCAGGGAAGGUUUUUGAGCUGAACUGAGUGCACCCUGAAAGUCUGGGCUGGGCAGGGUGCAGGCACUCAGUCUGAGGGGGAAAAUGUUUUGGGGGAGUGGUUGGCUACAAGAGAGGUACAGUUUUGGCAUCUGUGUGCACAGAAAACUGGGACGGGAUGUGCAGUCUAUACCAUAAUAGGAUAGGGGCACUGCAGGAGGAUGUUCCAGUGCAGACAUGGCUGGGGAGCCAGGCGCCACUUGGAGCAGGUGAAAUGGGGUGGAGGCUUGCCAAAGACCUUGAACCCAUUCUAUUUAUUUAAUAUUUACUGAGUACCUACUGUGUGCCUGUGCACACUCAAUCUGGUGGAUGGAGGGCUGGACUUUGGAUAAGACAGAUGCAUGGUGGGGGCGCUCUAGAGGACCAGGCAGGGCUUCUGGGGGCCGAAGGGAAGGACCAGCUGCUGGGCAGGAGGGGCUUUCCGGCCAGCGGCCUGGGGUGGCUUGGAUUUGAAUUUCCGCUCUGCGGGCCACGUCCUGUACACAGCCUCUCAGCCAGCACGUCUGCACACGUGCAUGGCUGCUGAGGAUGGGGGUCACUUCAACUGACUGUCCUCUCCGUAUACCUUUCCUAUUGUGUGGGUAGACAAGCCAUGGGUGCUGGACUAGGGGGCUCUGAGCUUUCCAGCUGGGCCUGGCCUGUGGCCCCAGUGGGCUCAGUCCCACCCUCUGGAUGUCUGCACCUGGCUAAUGGGAGCAUAACCUGCCCUCGUAGGAACCUGGAAAUGCUGUGGCAUCCCUGCAGUGCUCACUGGGCCUGCUGCCCCCUCACCUGGGCCUCUGGCUCCCUCUACUUCUUGCACCUUCUGGGAUGCUCUGUCUUGUCUUGCUAUCUCUCUGUCUCUUUCUCCAUCUGGCUAUCUCUAAAUGGUUGGCCAUCUCUGUCGAUCUGUCUCUCACUUAUCUGGUUGUCUGUCUCCCUGUCUGAAUGUCUAUCCACCCAUCUCUCUGUGUAUUCUUCUCUAUUUGUGUCCCUCUAGAUCCGUCUGCAUUUCUUUAUCUCCCCGUGCCUGUCUCUUGGUCUGGAUCAGUAUGCAUGGACACAGAUAUCAUGUGUGUGUGUUUUCUCUCCUUGUCUCUCUCUGCCCUCCCUCUGACUCUCUCUGCUUCUUCCUGACAUUGGAUGGCGCCUCUCCUCUGGGCUGACCUUGCCUUCUGCCCCCCCAUCGGGGUCUCCAGUGAGUCCUGAGCUGCCCCAGGCCCCCACUCCAGCUUUCUUUGGGGCCAGAAGUCCGGCUGUCCAAAUAUUUGGCCGCCUCCAGGGGAUUCCGAGUCAGCAGGGAGGAGGAUGGGCUGGCUGGCUCGGGGUCUCCCCUGCCCCUGGGGGGGCCACAGGCACGUGAUGUCCUGUCCUUUGCCUCAGCUGAGCCUCGGGCUGCACGUCCUUCUCAGCAGGCUGGCAGUGGGGGGCGGGGGGCUGCUGCUGGCUCUGGCCCAGUCUUGAGGCAAGAGGUUCCGACUGCAGCUUCCACUGGGGGCAAUCUGAGCAAGGAGGGUCCAGGGGUGCGCAGAAGGGGAGGCCUAGGUGUCUGGGGAUAGGCCCAAUGCUAAGCGUCUGUUAGGUUUAGAAAAUGUACCCUGUCACAGGAAAGUCCAUCUUCCGGCCCCAGCUGGGGCCCUCAGAUCCUCCUAGACACUUCCGGAUACCCGGAACACAGAAGCACCAGGCCAGAGAGCUAGGGGAUGAGGGGCUGGUGUGGCCAACACAUCAGUGCUCUGCACCAUUUGCCUUCCCCUCCUGCAUGCUACCCCCUCAGUACCAGCCGUAUGUUGGCCACACACUAGCCACUUACUCGGUGUUGUUGGCAAUGGGGGAGUAGUGGAUGGAAGAUUGGAUCUGCUGAUGUCAAAAUCUGGAGUUGUGGGUCUGGUGGAGGGGCAAGGGGUUUGUUUUAGUAUCCUCCCGCGUUCCGAACACCCGCCCACACACCCUGUCCCUAGACCCCUGACCUCAGCAAUCAGCUCCACACCAAUCUCUGUGGCUCUGCCUUGAGAACAUACAAUCCAGGUGUGUCUGUUGAAUCCAGUUUCCCUGUUAACUGAUAGCUUGUCCGAGGGGGGUGUUAUCCUUCUGAAACCUGGAGAAGCGGGUGGGCAAAGGGGCUCUAGGGAGGGACACCUUCUCUCAGCUAAUGAGGGGAGUGGUAAGUAAGGACUGGUGAACUAGAACUGGGGGCAGCCCUCAUCCGUGGGCCCCCAGGGAUGACCACAGUGGACCCUUAAGCCAGGCCAGCCGCCUCUCACCUGAGAUCUGAGCUAAGGUGAGGGCUGCCCAGGCACAAGGAGCCUAGGGGCCAUGGCAGCAAGCUCUGUGGGGUCUGUGCCUCCACCAGCACAUGUGGCUACAGACCGAGGGAAGAAGGACAGUGUGACUGACUCCCUGUAGUUAGCCUGCUACUGCAGACCCACUCACGUCCCUGAUCACUGGGGAGGAAAGUCGGGCUCAGAGCCCUGGUGGCUCCAAGGCCCUGGAUGUGGGGACAGAGAGGUGAGCUUCCCAUAGCAGCUGACACAAGCAGUGGCCCCACGGUGGCCUGGAUUCCUGGAUCUCGAAAUCUUUAAUUAGCCAAACUCAACGCCUGUCGAGGAGGUGUGCCUGACGAAUUCUCACCCUGUGAUGUUUGCGUGGGCGGGCAUUACCUGCUAUGCUAUCCCCAUGGCUUCUGCACACCCCCCCCCCCUUAUCUCUCCACAGAGCAAACAGGCCCCAGGGCAGUGGCCUGGACCAUCGAUUUACUGCCUGAACCAAUGCUACACCCAUGACAGAUGCCAUUCUGAUGAUCUGCCCAAGGUCGCAGUGAUCUCCCCACCCAAGAGCCUGACCCCUCUCUGGGAGCCUGUGGUCUGCUCUGGGAGCGAAGUCCUCAGGGAGGCUUCUCACUCUGUCCCCACCUUUGGUCAAACCUCACAGAACCCCCGGAAGACAGGAAGACACUGAGGUCCUGAGUGGGGAAUACUUUGUCCAUGGUCACAUGGUGAGGCAGGGCCAGGUCAGGCCUCAGAUCCAGAGUGUCCACUCUGGGCUUUUCCCACAGUUGGUCAGAAUCUGCUGGCAGCUUUCCUCAGGCAGGGGCUAUCCCCUGAGUCUACUCCGAUACCCGAUGCAAAGGAGCCUGGCAGGCGGCAGGCCUGAGAGACAGGAACUGUCAAAAAUGGGCUGCCAGCCUCAGGAAAUGCCUGGAGGUCCACAUGUCAGGCCAGUACUAAUCUCUACCCUGGCCCCCCAGCCCUUAGCCUUGCCCUAACUGAAGUACAGAUUCCUUGACCUUGACUUCAAGGCCCUUUCAGGCUUGUCUAUAGCCACGGAACCUUCAUUCUAUCCUCACAGCCUGCCUUAUACCAUACCUCAGGGCCUUUGCCCAUGCUGUGCACUCUGCUUGAGAUACUCUUGCUUGUUUCCACAUCCUGGGGGCUCCUGCUGGAAUUUCAGAACUGGCUCCCUCACCUCCUCCUCCAGGAAGCCUUCCUUGAUGCCCCUCUCUCUUCUUUUUUGAGUCCCAGCACUAUGUGGCUUGGUUAAAAGCCACACUAUGUGCUGGGGUUCCCCUGCAGGAGCCAUAGGGUGGGGGAUGUCUGUGUGGGUUUUGUCCCUUCCAGACUGGAAGCCACUUGAAGAGGAGUAUUCCAUGUCCUCUCUGGGAUCUCAGGCCAGCCUGAGACCCAGCAGUGACUGGUCAUGAGUAAUAGGCAGGACCUGAAGGUCUAGGCCCAGGUCCUGCUUGAGGGGAUGGGGAGCCUGGAGCCAGGGCCUCAGGCACUUUGGCCAUGACCAUGCCAUGGGCUGUGGUCUCCCUGGAGGCAUUGCCUGGCUACUAGGGAAUAUUAAGGCAGAGAAAGUGCUUUGUCCAGGCUGCUGACUCAGCACACUCGGAGGGCCUGUCCAAGCCUGCCCCGGGCGGAAGGCCAGGCAAGGGCAACCCCAGCUGAGAGCCAGGGGGCACUCUGGAGUGACUCUGGAGACCAGGUGCUGGUAUCCUUGGAGGGGUGCUGUUGGUGAGGCUCAGGGCAGGGGCAUGAAGAAGACAGGCUUACCUUAGGGACUCUGGUCCAGGGGAAGAGGGCGUUAGAAGAGAUGCUCAAAUUGUCAUGAUCCUAUGUGGACAGGCUGGAGGAGAGAAGGGUUCAGAUGCCAGCAUCAGAGGAAGGAGAGGUAGGUUGAGGGGUCCAAGGGUGCCAGGUAUGGGGUACUCAGGACUGAGGUACCUAGGAUCUGAACUCUGGCUUGGGGCUGCCUGGGGCCAUUGCAGGGAGGUCCUCUGGUCAGUUCUGUGUGGCUGCUGCCUCCAGAACACCAGGGCCUGUGGCCUGAGGCCCGAGUCCUGAGCCUAGCCUCCCCUACCCACCCUGCCCUGAAUGCUGAGUUUGAGACCCCUGGUGCUCCAGCUUCAGGAGCAGACCUGAGACCCUCAGGAUCUGGAGUGGGGAUGGGGGAUUUGGGGCAGGAUUCAGGGUUCCCAAGUGGAGGGGGUGCCAUGACAUCAAGACUAGCCUCUGGCUGACCUGCCUGGCAGUGCUGCCCCCUCCCUGGUCUCCACUCUGGCCUCAAAUCUCCUGCUGGCCUAUCUGGCCUUCAGGAUGUCCUUAUAGAUCCUGGGGACACGAUGCCCAGGUACCUUCUGGGCAUGGGCUAGGUGGCUCCCAGCGCCAGUGAUGGGCGAGGGGCUAGCGAGUUGUCUGGGCAGUGGGCAGAGUUGGGCCUGGGGAGGAGGGGAGCUGAUCCCUUUGGGGUCCAGCAGAGCAGGGAAGACUGAUCCAGUGGUCCAGGCCCGUCUACAGCUGGCCAAGGUUCUGAGUUCCUGACCUGGGGCUCCAGGAAGUGGGGAGUCUCCUCAAAGUGUGGGUACCUAAGGGUGGGGGGUUCCCCAGCAGGGGAGGAGAGGCUUGAAAGAGAACAUGGCCCUGAGGCCAGAGCUGUGUGGAGGGUGAGGCCUGUGUGGCCCAAAGAACUGGGCCCCAAGGCACCCAUUUCCUGGAAGGCCCCUGAGGGCCCUUUGCAGCCAAGCGGGCAGGGUCCAGGUGUCCAGCCACCCAGCACCGCCUUAGGCCUCCUGGCUCCGGGGGGGUAGCCUCUGCGCCUGCCGUUCCCAGCGCCAGCUCUCAGCCCACAGAGGGACCUUUGUUCUGGCUGCCAGCAAAGCCCGCCGGGUGGCUGGGAACAGGGCCCACAGCCCUCGCCCUCUCCCGAGGCCUCCAGCCAUCGGGCAGCGCCAUUCUAGGUUGGCUAGGAGGCCCCUGGCACACAGGGCACAGGAAACUGUCUCCCAGUAUUAAUAUCAGGGAGGGGCAAUCAGUCCAGGACCCAUCCCCAGAGUGGGGUCUGGUGGCCUGGGACUCAGCCUCCUGGGGUCCUGACACCACUGGGCUCUGAACUUAGGUCAUCCAACUGAGCUUUACUUCACAGAUGGUGAAACUGAGGCCCCAAGGGCUUGCCUGGGUCGGUAUGUAUAUGUGGCAGGGGAGUGCUAGGUACUGGCUGAGGUGUCACCUCAGAAUGUCCUGGAGAACUCAGGUAUCUGAGCUCUGCCCCUCAAUGGCAGGUUCCAGGGUGGCAGCAGGCAGAGCUGCAUGAACAUGUAUGUCCUCAGUGAACUUCUGGGAGGUGUGCUACAGCUGCACACUUCCUGUGGGAGUCUGGGCUGUGAGCCCAAGGAGCGGGGAUAACCAGGGGGACUGCCUGCUCUGUAGACUUCUGACCGCGUCAGUGUGAGAGCCAGUGUUCCUGGUGGUGGUCCCUGAGCCAUGGAGGCACCUCUGCAGACGGAGAUGGUAGAGUUGGUACCCAACGGCAAACACUUGGAGGGGCUACUCCCUGUCGCCACCCCCAUGGCUGGCAACCAGAGGGUCGAGGGCCCUGGACGGAUCUGUGUUGAGGGUGAAGGCUUCCUACCAAAAAGUCCCAGCAAGGAGCCACACUUCACUGAUUUCGAGGGGAAGACAUCAUUCGGGAUGUCAGUGUUCAACCUCAGUAACGCCAUCAUGGGCAGUGGUAUCCUGGGGCUCGCCUACGCCAUGGCCAAUACGGGCAUCAUCCUUUUCCUGUUCCUGUUGACGGCCGUCGCCUUGCUCUCCAGCUACUCCAUCCACCUGCUACUCAAGUCCUCAGGGAUCGUGGGCAUCCGUGCCUAUGAGCAGCUGGGCUACCGUGCCUUUGGGACCCCAGGAAAGCUGGCGGCAGCCCUGGCCAUUGCGCUGCAGAACAUCGGAGCCAUGUCCAGCUACCUGUACAUCAUCAAGUCCGAGCUGCCCCUUGUCAUACAGACCUUCCUGAACCUGGAGGAGCGGACCUCGGACUGGUACAUGAAUGGAAACUACCUGGUGAUCCUGGUCUCUGUCAUCGUCAUUCUGCCUCUGGCACUGAUGCGGCAGCUUGGCUACCUAGGCUACUCCAGUGGCUUCUCUCUCAGCUGCAUGGUGUUCUUCCUAAUUGCAGUCAUCUACAAAAAGUUCCACGUGCCCUGCCCGCUGUCCCCCAGUUUAGCCAACGUGACAGGCAACUUCAGCCUCGUGGAGGUCAUCAAGGAGGAGGCGGGGCUGCAGGUUGAGACGGAGGCCGCAGCCUUCUGCACCCCGAGCUACUUCACCCUCAACACACAGACGGCGUACACGAUCCCCAUCAUGGCUUUCGCCUUUGUCUGCCACCCUGAGGUGCUGCCCAUCUAUACAGAGCUCAAGGACCCCUCCAAGAGGAAGAUGCAGCACAUCUCCAACCUGUCCAUCGCCGUCAUGUAUGUCAUGUACUUCCUGGCCGCCCUCUUCGGCUACCUCACCUUCUACGACAGGGUGGAGUCGGAGCUGCUGCACACCUACAGCAAGGUGGACCCGUUUGAUGUGCUGAUCCUGUGUGUGCGCGUGGCCGUGCUGACGGCAGUCACACUCACAGUGCCAAUUGUUCUGUUUCCGGUGCGCCGCGCCCUCCAGCAGAUGCUGUUUCAGGACCGCGAGUUCAGCUGGUUGCGGCACGUGCUCAUUGCUGUUGGCCUGCUCACUUGUAUCAACCUGCUGGUCAUCUUUGCCCCCAACAUCCUGGGCAUCUUCGGGGUCAUCGGUGCCACAUCUGCCCCAUGCCUCAUCUUCAUCUUCCCUGCCAUCUUCUACUUUCGCAUCAUGCCCACAGAGAAGGAACCUGCAAGAUCUACCCCCAAAAUCCUGGCCCUUUGUUUUGCUGCCCUUGGCCUCUUGCUGAUGACCAUGAGCUUGAGCUUCAUCAUUAUUGACUGGAUCUCGGGGACCAGUCGGCAUGGAGGAAGCCACUAGGAUGACCCCCAUCCUGUUCUGUCUACUUGUCCUCCUACCCCUGCCCAGACUCUUCAGCCCCUGCUCCCAUCCAGUGGCCAGUUGGAGGGGGAAGAGAAAGACGUGGUGAACACUAUGGCAUUUGGCCCUGCCCCAUGUCCUCUCUGUCGAAGUUUUUGUUAGAGCCAGGACCAAGGCCCUUGGGCCACUACCCUGCUGAGCUCCUGGCCUACAGGAGCUUCCUGAGCUGGGAGCAAGGUGGGGCUGUACCCCUGCUCCCUUCCUGCUGCCUCAGGUCCCACCCAAGCCCCUUAUUCUCUUUGCACAGGUGCAUAGACUGAGGCCCAGCAGCUGCCCCCUAAGGUCGCAUAGCCUGUAGGGGCACAAAGAGCUGAAUUAGGCCUGCAGUCAUCCCGCCACCUUGCUCCUGGGCCAUGGUCUGCACCCUGGGGCUUCAUCUCCCUCAGCCUGCUUGCCUUUCCUCCUUCUGUCACCUAGGCCCCUUUCGUGGGCUCAGGCCCUUGGAUAACCUGGUCCUCUUUCCCAUCCCCUCCACCGGGAGCAGAACCCCCUCACCCUAUGCUUGAGGGUGAGGCUGGUGUGGACACCCCAAGGGGCCCCUUUCCUGGUCUUUCACCAGUCCUGGGGAGGCUGGGACUCCCCCCACCCCAAGCCCAGGCCAUAGCUCACAUUCCACUGCUGGGAGAAGAAAGAAGCUGAGGCCCAGAACGUGUCUGCCCCUGGGAGCCAGAGACCCCAAGGGCCAAUCUGGGGCAGGGAUGGAGAGUCUGGCAGCCCCCUUUUAUAAAUAUUAUACAUAAGACCAGCUGUGCUUUAUAUUCUUGAUCUCCAUGGUCCCUGGGUUCCUGGAAAGUGGUGUGGGAGCCGGGACAUGGAUGGUGAUGGAAGCCUGCCCUGCCUUUUUCCCUGGGAUAAGGGUGGGGACAGGGUGAGUCCCCUACUCCACCCCGACCCUGCCUCCCAAACC